GAGCAGUUUCACUCGCACUACAAUCCUCGUCGGAAAGUAUACAUUUCGAAGCUCGGAAGUGCAAGUUCGUUCGCGACUGCUGCCGCGGCGUCUGCCGUCUUGCACCUGCCUCCUUCUCAUGCCUCGGGGCCAGGCCACUUCCGUACUGAGGUACUCAACCUUCCUAGUUGCGACAGCAAACAUGGAAACUCGCAAGCAACGACAUUUCGUUGCUAUCUCGCUUCACAAUACAGGAUGCCUCGAAGACGCCGCGUGAGUGCAGAGAUACGAAGGGGCGAGGAAUUACUCUAGCCCACGGGCAAAGCAUGCCGUGUUGGUCACGGUGUCCCUUUUGCUGCCCGGCGGAAGCCUUCCUGACGUUGCCACAUCUGCCGCCUUCUGCUCCUGGUACUUUCAGGUCCUACUCCAAGCAUAAACGACCGCAGCAGGCUAAGUGGGGGUUCUGUGAGAGCACUGCUACCUUCGUGGCUCUUGGAUAGAAACACGACUAUCCUUCUGUCGCCACUUUCGAGGAUGCCAUGCUUUCCGCUACGCUCUGGACCUCGACAGUAGGACCACGGAGUACCUUCCACCAGCAACCACGCUCCAACAUCAAGAAUUCACAGCGCUUUGUCCACUGACAUGGCUUGCUUUCUGCUUGAAGCUGAGACUUGGGUCGACCUUCUUCUGUCGCAACAAGUGACAAUGAAACCGUUUGACGUGAAGCAACGCGACUGUUGCCAGACACAAAGGCCCGCUUGCUCUGAGAAAUACUGGUCGCUUCGAUGGAGCCCUACAGCAAACAGCUCUUCCAGUGUUACAUGCUAUAAUAGCGAUCAUGGCCCUCACUUCUCUAGCUCUCGCAAGACAAGCUACAUUCGUUGAGAGCAAGUCAAGAUGCUACCAAGGGCACUCACUUGGGUUGAGGCUUCAGGACUCUAUCAUCAGGACGGAGAGCUUGAGGACGAUGAGCUCCUUCAGGUCUGCGAAUGGUUUUCGAACAAAGAUAUGGCAGAUCGCCAAAACAGAUCGGCUCUCAACAGACCAGCAGGUACAACAAAUAACAGGACUGGAGGACAAGCUGGUGAUAAACUCGACACGGCCUUGAACAGACGCGCCAAAGCUUUAGGUAUCGAGAAUGUACAGGAUUUGAAAAAACCCUGGAGAAAACGUCGCGAUGACAACAAAGCUCUCAAGAAGUCAGGCCUGCUGCCUACAGCGGACCAGGUUGUGCCUCAGCCUACCAGCAGCAUUGUCAGAUCCCGCAAACGAGCUCAGUCAGAUGACGAGUAUGAAGCAUCCCCGCAAGCGUCACGAAAGAAGCGAAAGACCCGUACCCAAGCCCAGACCGCGCAAUCUCGUGUGAGUGAGGUCGUUCCUCAACUUACCAGGAACGACAUCGGGCUCAAGAGAACGAUCGGGCCCAAGUUCGGCUCGAUGGUCGUCAGCAGUAUCGCAGGUUUCUGGUUAGACGAACGCGAGAAUCGAAAACGCCUCAAAUGGCUGAAUCCUCGCUGGCUCAAGCUCAUCACAAGGGGUGAGACCGAACUCACGGCAGAGUACCUCAUAUCUUUCUUCGAACCAGACGUGAGCGUUGACAACUUGAAGCGUGCAAUAGAUCAAGUACCCAAACAAGGUCAGCAUGCCGCGCGCAUCUUGUGGCUAAUGACCGUCUACACCUGGCUUCUCGUCCUACCCGAUAUCACUUUAAAGGACCGCAGCACAGACGACGUCCCUCUGAUAGAUCGCCUGCAACGAGUCACAGAACUCUUCACCAAUUGGUUCGAAUCUCUUUCUCUGGUUCACCUCCCCGACUCAGUUGGUCCCGAGUGGAGCCUCAUUUACGGCAUCCACAUUCUCUCACAUCUCUGCCCUGGUCGAUCCUGCCAUGUGCUCUUAGCAGAAUUCGUGUACCGUUACCUUGGUCAUUUCAGCGCAGAAAAGUUGGCUCUCGGCAAUUUCCUUGAUCGCCGAGACUUGCAACAUUGCACGUUGCCGGAGGAUGAGACGAGUGUGAUUACGUUCAUGGCAUCUGUUACAAGAUCUGCUAUGGAGAUUUGGCUCAAGUCACCUCAGAUAUUCGAAGAUCGGAUGCCGUUGUUUGAGAGCAUUGUGUUCAUUGCGGACACCAGGUUUGAUCCACCCCUCUUUCAAGUCGAUUCUGACGAGGAUGAGGAGGAUUGAGGAGAUGUCUUGAAGAGAUGGCAUGAGGGGCAAAAGCGUCUGACGAAGGAAACCCGAUGAAGGACAUUUGAACAAGAACCCCAGAUGCCACCGAGCAAUCGGGAAGGUCACUUCUGCAAGCAGGAAUCUGACUCCUUGACGCACGCGCGAUAAUACGCAGCGAACACGUCACGAGCAGACAUGGGCACG